AUGGAUGUUCUUUCAUCAACAGAAUUCCACAGCAAAAUAUUAUUAGAAAAAUAUCCUUGGUCUGUCCUUCUUAAUUCUGGAAAUAUUGUUGUCAGAAUAUUUGCAAUAAAAUUGUCUCUCAACCUCUUAUUAAAUGGAGAAAUGGACGCCCAAUUUCAACAAACGCUUUUAAAUUCAAUUUUAGGUAAUUUUUUCAGAUAA